GGGGCCAUAAAAAAUAAAGACAUUCUUCUGUAACACCAAAUUCAGCUGCUUGGAGCUCGUUUCAGUCUUCGCAAGUUCCGUCGUUCGCAGAUCCCCGAUACGAAACCCCAUAGGCCACAGGGCUUAAUGUUUACAGUCUCUUAUAAACCUUAGGCCUAGGGCAUUGAUUUCCAAUCCGCCAUUUCGUAAUUUCGUCUUUUUAAAUUUCAGUAUCUGAAGUUUGAGCAAUUUCAAUUCCAUCGAUCUUAAUGAAAGGUAGGGUUUUUCUUCUCCUUUUUCUCCUUUUAUCUUCGGAUUUUCGUUUUUCGCAUUCGGAGGAAACGAAAAACAAGUUUCGAGAGCGGGAGGCUAAUGAUGAUUCCCUCGGCUAUCCCAAUAUAGACGAGGAUGAAUUGUUGAAUACACAAUGCCCUCAGCAUUUGGAGCUAAGAUGGCAGACGGAAGUUAGUUCUAGCAUAUAUGCUUCGCCGCUGGUUGCUGAUAUAAACAGUGAUGGGAAGCUUGAAGUGGUAGUUCCUUCUUUUGUUCAUUACUUGGAAGUUCUUGAAGGUUCUGAUGGAGAUAAAGUCCCAGGAUGGCCAGCUUUCCAUCAAUCAACUGUACAUUCUAGCCCUUUCCAGUAUGACAUUGACAAGGAUGGUGUACGAGAGAUAGGCUUGGCCACAUACAAUGGUGAGGUUCUCUUUUUCAGGGUCUCUGGCUACAUGAUGUCUGAUAAAUUAGUGAUUCCGCGGCUAAGAGUUAAACAGAAUUGGUAUGUGGGUUUAAAUCCGGACCCUGUAGAUCGCUCUCAUCCAGAUGUUCAUGAUGACCAGCUCAUCCAGGAGGCCCUCAUUGAGUCACUAGCCCGACAAAACAUAAGCGUGACUCAUGGUGCAAACAGUUCUCACACCACUACAGAAGUUCAUCCUGAGGUGAAUUUUACACCCAAAGAAGCUCACCAUGAAAAUGUGUCUACACAUAAUGAAGCUCAUCUUGGCAAUGACUCAAUUUCUUUGCCAACUGGAGUUUCCAAUGACACAUUGAAUGCAGAGAAAGUGGAAAACCAAAGCGAGAGAAGAGAUAAUCAAACAGAUACUGAAACUAAUUUGUCAAGGAACAUUACCAAUGCUGUCCCAGGUUCUUCAAAUGAGACAAUUACCAAUGUUGGGAAGGCUGACAAUAGGAGAAGGCUUCUUGAAGAAAAGGCAGGUGACCAGGGUGUUCAUGCUGCAACUGUGGAAAAUGAAGGUGGUCUGGACACAGAUGCUGAUUCAUCAUUUGAAUUAUUCCGGGAUAAUGAUGAACUGGCUGAUGAGUAUAAUUAUGAUUAUGAUGAUUAUGUUGAUGAGAACAUGUGGGGAGAUGAGGAGUGGACAGAAGAAGAACAUGAAAAAAUGGAAAAUUAUGUGAAUGUCGAUGCACAUGUUUUGUGUACUCCUGUUAUAGCAGACAUUGAUAAGGAUGGCGUGUCAGAACUGGUUGUUGCAGUGUCAUACUUCUUUGACCACGAAUAUUAUGACAAUCCUGAACAUUUGAAGGAACUUGGAGGUAUCGAAAUUGGAAAGUAUGUUGCUGGUGGCAUUGUUGUUUUCAAUCUGGAUACUAAGCAGGUUAAAUGGAGUACACAGCUGGAUCUGAGUACUGAUACUGGAAACUUCCGUGCCUACAUAUACUCUUCCCCUACAGUAGUUGAUUUGGAUGGUGAUGGAAAUCUGGAUAUCCUGGUUGGAACUUCCUACGGCUUGUUUUAUGUCUUGGAUCACAAGGGCAAAGUGAGGGAGAAUUUUCCUCUUGAAAUGGCUGAAAUCCAAGGGUCAGUAGUUGCUGCUGAUAUCAAUGAUGAUGGCAAGAUUGAGCUAGUGACAACUGAUACACAUGGAAAUGUAGCUGCAUGGACUGCACAAGGCAAAGAAAUAUGGGAAAGGCAUCUCAAGAGCCUCAUUCCCCAGGGUCCCACAAUAGGUGAUGUGGACGGAGAUGGAAACACAGAUGUUGUUGUUCCAACACUUUCAGGCAAUAUAUAUGUCUUGAGUGGCAAGGAUGGGUCAAUUGUGCGGCCUUAUCCCUAUAGAACUCAUGGUAGGGUGAUGAGUCAAGUUCUUCUAGUCGACUUGAGCAAGAGAGGAGAGAAGAAGAAGGGACUUACAAUUGUUACUACAUCAUUUGAUGGAUAUUUGUAUCUAAUAGAUGGGCAAACAUCAUGUGCUGAUGUUGUGGAUAUUGGAGAAACUUCAUACAGCAUGGUCCUGGCAGAUAAUGUCGACGGAGGAGAUGACCUUGAUCUCAUUGUGACAACAAUGAAUGGAAAUGUCUUCUGCUUCUCAACUCCUUCUCCACAUCAUCCCCUCAAAGCUUGGAGAUCACCUAACCAGGGUAGAAACAAUGCUGCAUACCGUUAUAAUCGUGAAGGUAUAUAUGUUACUCCAUCAUCCAGAGCCUUCCGUGAUGAAGAAGGCAAGAACUUCUGGGUUGAAAUAGAGAUUGUAGAUAAACACAGAGUUCCAUCUGGGUCUCAAGCUCCAUAUAAUGUCACGGUAAACUUGUUGGUUCCUGGAAAUUAUCAAGGGGAGAGGACAAUAAAGCACAACCAGAUAAUUGAGACUCCUGGGAAACACCGGAUUAAGCUUCCAACAGUGGGGGUCAGGACUGGUGGGACAGUAGUGGUGGAGAUGGUUGACAAGAAUGGACUCUAUUUCUCAGAUGACUUCUCCAUCACAUUCCAUAUGUAUUAUUACAAACUCUUGAAAUGGCUUCUUGUACUUCCGAUGCUUGGGAUGUUCGCAGUGCUAGUCAUUCUUCGUCCACAGGAAGCAAUGCCAUUGCCAUCAUUUUCACGAAACACUGAUUUGUGAUGUGUUCAUAAGAAAGUUGACAAAGUUGCAAUAGUAGAUAACAGAAAGUGAAGCAGUGAGUCCCUGACAGAGACGUCGAGCCGAGAUCCUUGUAGCAACACCAGUUUAAAAUUGAACCUUAGAGAAAAUGUCAUGGAUGUUUUGGGAGGGAUACUAAACCGUGACAAUCCCUACUACAGAGGGACAUGUUAGCUUGAACAAACCCUGUAACUGAGUUUUGAUUACAGUAAGGCCAAACAUGUAACAUUAUGAGAUGUCAAAAGUCUCCAAUGUGAAUGUCACCGUUUGAUAAAAUUAUUUUUAAGGCCACUGAGAUAUAUACAGAGACACCUGAAUUUUGGUUGCCACAAUUUAUUUUCG